AUGCUCUCUCAUAUCUCUACGUCGAGUAACGUUCUCCAACAAUACAAGAAGCAUCCAUAUUCAGAGGCACAAGUUUCCAAACCAACCAAAGGGAAAACCCUUAAGAAGCGAAAGUCUGAUAGGGUUGUUACAUCACCUCCUGAACUGAAGAAGCUGAAGAAGCCCGCUAGGAGGCUUAUACUACAAUCCUCUAGUAACUCAGAUUCAGAGUAUGUUCCUCCCCAACAUAAGAAUGCUCCUCCUUCAGAAUCUGAGAGCAAAAGCUCUGAUGAUGAGGCUUCGGGUCGAGGUGAUACUCUACCUCACUCCCCUACAUCAAAAAUUCCAGUUCGCUCUCACCCUCCAUCACCUCCACCUGUAACCAUCCCAGUAUCCAUCCCUCCAAUUUUCCCCAUCCCCACUACACAACCUUUUGCUUCUAUACCCAUCCGUACUCCCAUAUUCACAGACACUACCACCACCACUACACAACCUUUUGCUUCUAUACCCAUCCGUACUCCCUUGGACCUGAAUAGAUCCCCACUAAGUACUCAUUUAUUGGAUCUAUUCCUGAAGAUAUGCUCGCUCAUAUCUCUACGUCGAGUAACGUUCUCCAACAAUACAGGAAGCAUCCAUAUUCAGGCACAAGUUUCCAAACCAACCAAAGGGAAAACCCCUAAGAAGCGAAAGUCUGAUAGGGCUGUUACAUCACCUCCUGAACUGAAGAAGCUGAAGAAGCCCGCUAGGAGGCUUAUACUACAAUCCUCUAGUAACUCAGAUUCAGAGUAUGUUCCUCCCCAACAUAAGAAUGCUCCUCCUUCAGAAUCUGAGAGCAAAAGCUCUGAUGAUGAGGCUUCGGGUCGAGGUGAUACUCUACCUCACUCCCCUACAUCAAAAAUUCCAGUUCGCUCUCACCCUCCAUCACCUCCACCUGUAACCAUCCCAGUAUCCAUCCCUCCAAUUUUCCCCAUCCCCACUACACAACCUUUUGCUUCUAUACCCAUCCGUACUCCCAUAUUCACAGACACUACCACCACCACUACACAACCUUUUGCUUCUAUACCCAUCCGUACUCCCUUGGACCUGAAUAGAUCCCCACUAAGUACUCAUUUAUUGGAUCUAUUCCUGAAGAUAUGCUCGCUCAUAUCUCUACGUCGAGUAACGUUCUCCAACAAUACAGGAAGCAUCCAUAUUCAGGCACAAGUUUCCAAACCAACCAAAGGGAAAACCCCUAAGAAGCGAAAGUCUGAUAGGGCUGUUACAUCACCUCCUGAACUGAAGAAGCUAAAGAAGCCCGCUAGGAGGCUUAUACUACAAUCCUCUAGUAACUCAGAUUCAGAGUAUGUUCCUCUCCAACAUAAGAAUGCUCCUCCUUCAGAAUCUGAGAGCAAAAGCUCUGAUGAUGAGGCUUCGGGUCGAGGUGAUACUCUACCUCACUCCCCUACAUCAAAAAUUCCAGUUCGCUUUCACCCUCCAUCACCUCCACCUGUAACCAUCCCAGUAUCCAUCCCUCCAAUUUUCCCCAUCCCCACUACACAGCCUUUUGCUUCUAUACCCAUCUGUACUCCCAUAUUCAUAGACACUACCACCACCACUACCACAACAGGUAGUGAGGACCUGGAAUUUGAUUCCACGUAUUUCAGUCCUUGCCAUGUGCAGAGUGAUCAUGAUGAUGAUGAGCCUGUUACAAAGCGUCAUCUCAAGGAAGUGAAUGAAAAGCUUGAUCAACUGCUCUCAUCCUCUUCCUCCGAAGCUCACUCUGAAGAUGCUUUAAAGGCCUUGUUCUCAUCUACUGUUAAAGAACACAGUGUCUCACUCUCUGCUGCAGCAAAAGCCAUUGAAGCCUCUACUUCAUAG